AACACCCGGAAGACCGGCCUGGAAAGUCACUCAUGUCAGAAGUUUUAAGCUAUUUUCUCACUGUUUUACGUUUUUAAACCAUCUUUUGUCCAGCUGAGGUGUCCUCCAACAUGAUGCAGGCUUUGAAAGGCGUCAGACAUCUUCAGUCCAGUGCUAUAAAACAAGCAGUUUCAGAGCUCUCCUUCCCGGUGCCAUGGGGAGAAAUCAAAGGGAAAGUCUGGGGUCCUGAUCACGGUCGGCCUGUGCUGUGCCUGCACGGAUGGGCUGACAACUGUGGCACAUUCAACACCCUCAUUCCCCUGCUACCCAAAGAGUGCAGAUACGUGGCAGUGGACCUGUCAGGUCACGGUUGGUCGUCGCAUCGUCCUCCUGGAGUUUUCUACAAUUUUCCUGGGUAUCUGCUGGAUGUACGCAGGGUCAUUGACGCUCUGCAGUGGAGCAAAUUCUCCAUCAUAGGCCACAGCAUGGGUGGUAACAUUGCUGGAAUGUUCAGUUCACUGUAUCCUGAGAUGGUGGAUGCUCUUGUUUUGCUGGACUCAUAUGGAUUCUUACCCACAGAUCCGAAAGAAAUGCUUGAAGUAAUGAGGCAGGGGACGGAUCAGAUGAUUGAGUAUGAAAAAAUGACGAGAGAGAAGACGAGGAGAGUCUACACUUAUGAAAAUGCAGUAGAGAGGCUGUUGGCUGCAAACCCAACUCUGUCUGAACACUCUGUGCGCAUCCUUUUAGAGCGAGGUAUAGUUGAAGUUGAAGGAGGUGUGGCCUUUACCAGAGACUUUCGGAUUAAUCUGAAAAAUACAUCGCGCAUCAGUUUUGAGCAGGCUCUGGAAUUGCAGUCGGGGAUACAAGCCCCCGUUUUAGUUGUUAUAGCAGAGGACGGCUUUGAGAAACUAUUUGUGAAACCAGAGCAUAGACCAUUUACAUCAGCAAUUCUCCAGGCCUAUAGGGACAGAAAUCACUCGGUGGUGGUGACGAUACCAGGCGAUCAUCACAUCCAUCUGAAUAACCCUGAAGUCGUUGCUCCACUUGUGUCUGACUUCCUGCUGACCAAACUGUUGAAACAGACAGCUAAACAAACAGAAAAACAGGCCUCAGUGUCAUAGCAAACACACAUACACACACACAAACACGCACACACAUCAGUUUUGCCUUAAGUCAUAUUUCACUUCUGGUGAAAACAAUUAUUUAACGUGUAUUUAUACUUAACAGUUUACACUCAACUUGGGAGCUUAAAUCUGUCAAACAGCUAUCGUAGCAUCAAAUCAUUUAGGUUCAUUUUAGUUUUGGUGGACUCCUAAAUUAUUUAAAGCAGCUGUGCGUAACUUUAUGUUUUCGUUGAUUAUAGCGCCCUUUUGGUCUAAGCGGUAUCACACCCACACCCUGGUGUCAUAAAAUCUCGACUGCAACCGGCAAUUACCGCAUGCAUUUGUUUUGGAGAGCAAGAGGAUUAAUGUUACUAACGUUCUUAUAAACUGAGGACAACUGCCUGCUGUAUAUUCGUGUUCAUGGUCACAGUCACAGAUAAUUUUGUGGCGUUUGUUGUAACGUUACUAGACAAAAGCGGUUCACACCAGCUAACAUUACAUUUAGCUUGCUUAUAACUUCCAUGUCGUCAUAUAUUGAAGUGAAACAACGUCUAACAAGUUGCGGUAUAUUCUCUAAAUAUAAACAAAAAUUACAUACCUGUCGAUUAGGAAAAGGGCCAACUCUGGAUCAGUUUUAAAACCUUUCAAUUCUCUCAGCUCUCUCCACUUGGUGAAUGCCCGACCGAGGUUUACACGCGUUUGGGCUCGAGCCCUAUCACUGUCCCGUUUAGCUUUCUUCAGUUCUUCUGUUCUUUUUCUUUUUCUUUUUCUUUUUCUUUUAGAUGGUGCUCCUUCGUUAUCCGCCAUGACAUCAAAAGGACAACCAAGUCCUUAUACAUGCAUCUCUGGUAAAACUGUUAGGUGUUCAGCAAUGCCCGUUGUGUACCACUUACUUGAAGAACACUCUCUGUAAACACGGCUCCUUCUUCUUCUGUUUGUUUAAUGGCCGCUACAGGCGUGCAGAAUUACUUCCGCCUCCGGGUGCUGUAUUCUGGUUUGCUGACAUGACAUCAAAAGUACAACCAAGUCCUCAUAGAUACAUCUCUGGUAAAACUGUUAGGUGGUAUGUGUUCAGCAAUGCCCGUUGCGUACUGCUUACUCGAAGAACACUGUAAACACGGCUCCUUCUUCUUCUGUGGUUUAAUUGCUGCGGGCCGCUGCGGGCAAGCAGAAUCACUUCCGCCUCGGGUGCCGUAUUCUGGUUUGCUGACUUCCGCUGUGUGUCCGACCCGACCGAGGCUACGCUAAAUAGCCAUAUAGAGAAAGGCUUUUUUGUCGCUGUUGGGUUCAAAUAAAUAUGCGGAUCUUCAAGGGGGGGUGAUACGAACUAGGGACAGUUUUAUAAAUGGUAAAAAGUUCCGCACAGCUGCUUUAAUGUUUGUUAAUAGAUAUUGAUGUGUAUUAUUGUUGAGUGUCAGUGCCAUUGUGGGUAAAAUGAGCCAUGUUUUACACCAAGCUGCUUCUCUUUAACUCCAGAUGGUCGGUAAGAUGUUGAGUAAGAUGAGAGAGACAGAUCAGCCAAAAAACAAAAACAGCCAAAUUAGUGUUCUGGCACAGUUUGUAUCUUUUGCUUUUUGAUCCAGUGAAUAGAUAUCCCUCGGUUCAGUGGAUUCAUAUGAAGUCUGUGUUGGACAGAUGUUAUCCUUUGUGCUGACAAGAGUCAACAACUGGCUUUCAUGUGGUGUUUUGUGUGUGAUGAGGAUGGCAUGAUACAUUAAGAGACAUUAGCCUAAAGGAGUACUCCACCUUUGGGCGUUACACUCCUGAAACCUUGUUGAACUCACAAGUUGUCAAAACCUGGCGCCUAUAUUACCCACAGUGCAACUCACAGACAUUGCCUUUAGUUGAAUGUUAACUUAACCAGUGGAACAGAAGGAUAAAUAGAAAAGCUGACAAUGGAGGGACUUUGGUCAAUAAUGCUCAAUGUAAACUGCAGGUUCAUUUUAACGUGGUGUUAGAUUAAAUGUCACAGGGUUAUUUAAGCCUCUCAGAUCCAAAUGACUAGGAAUGUAAGGCAAGACAAGUUUCAGAGUUGUAUACACACAAUUUAACUUAAAUGGACAGUUUCAGAAAAGUAAUGUCUUUCUCUGUCCUCUAAGGUUGAAAGACAUAUCUUUUUCACCUCUGACAAGUGUGGUCAGAAGUGUGUUUUGUUGCACCUGAAUAUACACACAACCAUGACAGCACUGGGUCCUGAGGGACACCUGUACAUCACUGCAGCAAGGUGAUAAGCUAAAACACUGAAGGUCAGCAAAGACAAGAUUUUCAGGGGGUGUUAAAGGAUUACUGCACCCCCCACAUGAUCAGAUUUGUGUAUCGGUUACUUCCCCUGUGUUACCUUGAAUUGAUGAAAACUUAGUUAUUCUUGCAUGCUUCCAAUGGGAACAAAGAAUCUAAAAACAGAGAAAAUUAUUGAUAAAUUGAAUCAUAGGGGACUGUGUUUCACAGCAGCAAACUGUAACCAAACAUCUGUUUACAAACUGUCACACAACUCGUGCAGUGUAAUCCACGUCUCAUUUAUCCAGACGUAUGCUCAGUACUUACCAAACAAACAGCCUGUUCUGACAAGUAAAACUUAUCUAUGCUCUCGUCAAAGCCAGACAAAAACAGUAAAGUUACCUCGUUGAACAAGGGAGGUGCUUGUCUACUGCUGCCUCGAUCACUUAGUUUGGGUUACCGUGUAACUUUGAUGUUUUAAAGGAUCAGUUGGAAUUUACACAAUAACACAAGCUCCCAAUUGAGGCAGCAAAGUAAACGUACUGUUUUUGUCAGUGGAGUCUGGCUUUGAAGAGAGCGUAGAUAAAUUUUACUUUUAGUUCAGUAACCUAUCAGAUAGGGCCGUCUGUUUGGGAAGUACUGAGCAUACAUCUGAAUAAACAAGACUUGGAUUAUACUGCAUGAGUUGUGUGAGAGUUUGUAAAAAGAUCAUUCAAUAUAAUAUUGCUGCUGAGAAAAGCAAAGUUUUCUUCACAAGUUAACAUGACAUGGGGUGAGUAAUUAAAAUACAGAUGGUCAUAUGGGGAGUGAAGUAUUCCUUUAUGUUACCUCUAAAUAAAAUGGUGUGAAAGUAUAUAAUAUUUUUUUUAAUGACAGUGUGAGAACAAUGAGACAUCUUGCCUCUCUCAUUUAGAACAAAAAAAGUAACACCUCUCAAUACAAUCUAGUCCAGCACAACCUCACCUGUAACAAUAACCUCAAUAAUGAAUUGGAUUUACACUUUUCUGACAGUGCCACCACAGAUGUUUAGCUUUAGAUGUUGUGGCUGAGCUGCUGUGUUGGACUGCAUUCGAUUGUACAGAUGUGCCUAAUAAAGUUCUUGUUAGUGUUCGAGGCUGCUGAACUCUGUUUGGUGCUCUCCUGCCGUCCUGCAGUACAGACUGCUGUGUAUUUGCAGGCAGUAGUUUUAUCACCUUGUAGCUGCUAUCUUUGAGGAUUGUUUGAAAUGCACUGUGGCAGCUCAGGUGUCUUAGAAGUCUGCUGCCUGUUGUAAAUAUUUUAGCAGUUACACAAUUUCUCUGAAGUGUGUGUGUGUGUGUCCUCAUGUUUAAUCUCAAAGUUAGUGAGCUGUGGGAGAAAGAGUGUGUACCUGAGUGCCACAGAGAGCAGAGGAUGAAUCUCAACAAGUGCACAAUAGUUUCACAGUAUCUUUUUUACUGCUUGUUUUCGGUAAUAAAGCAGUUAAACUAUGUUAAGAAUGACUUAAUUUUGGAGGAUUAUGUUGGAAAUCUACAAAACUACACUUCCUUAAAUCUUAAGCAAUAAUUUAAUCUUUGAUUAUUUAACCUUUUACUACUGUCAUCGUCUGUUGUCAUCAUUUGUUUUUCUGUGAUCUAAUUUUAAAUAUUAAAAGUAUUCAUAUUUAUAA